AUUAUUUGCAAGAUGGUCGCGUCUGUCAAAAGUCUAUUGCAUUGACAGGAGUAAACGCUGCAGGGGUACAUUGUAUAAAAACGUUCGAAAUAUAGAUUCUAACGGAUUGUACAGCUAUGGAUAAUAAAUGAAACUAAGUGCAAGAAUGCGACAAAAGUAGAAAAAUUUGACUAUCUUUAUUAAUACAAGUAUGGAAAAAAGGGGCAGUGCAGAACUUCUUAGUACAGAGCAAAGCAACUCAAAGAAUGCCAGUACAGAUUCCCUUAACUCAGAUAGCAAAAGCAGUUCACUUAAUUCAAAAAUGGGCCAGGAAUCGGAGAGUUGGGAAAAGGCAUCACAUUCAAAAAGCUUUUCUUCAAGCUCUACUUCAACAGAUAAUAAUAUAGUCUCUGCUUUGGAGGCUAAAAAAGAUAAUCAAGUAAAAAAUUUAUCUGGAGGAGACACGGGGCCACCACUUCUCAAUGGAGAACGAGUGCAAGGCAUUGCGCACGAAGUUACUUAUUUAUGUCCUUACUCAGGACCUGCCAGAGGAAUCCUUAGUGUUACAAACUACAAGCUCCAUUUCCGUAGUAUAGAUCGAGAAACGCCUUAUGUUGUUGAAGUGCCAUUGGGAGUUGUUAGUCGAAUCGAGAAAGUCGGUGGCGCAUCGAGCAGAGGAGAGAAUUCUUAUGGAAUCGAAGUGUUUUGUAAGGACAUGAGAAAUCUCAGAUUUGCUCACAAGCAGGAGAAUCAUUCCAGACGAGAUGUAUUUGAGAAACUACAACAGUAUUCCUUUCCAUUAUCUCACAAGUUACCUCUGUUUGCCUUUGAAUAUUCUGAGACUUUCUCCGAAAAUGGUUGGAAUGUUUACGAGCCUAUUGCAGAGCUAAAGAGAAUGGGUGUAAAUAAUGACAUGUGGAAAAUAUCUAAAAUCAAUGACACAUAUUCACUAUGUGACAGUUAUCCAGCUGUUUGGGCAGUGCCUGCUGCAGCAACCGAUGAAGAUCUUCAAGCAUCUGCUUCUUUUAGAAGUAGAGGUAGACUGCCAGUUCUCUCAUGGAUUCAUCCGGAAAGCCAGGCGACGAUAACGCGUUGUGCUCAACCAUUGGUAGGUGUCGGAGGGAAACGGAGUCGCGAGGAUGAGAGAUACGUUCAAUUAAUAAUGGACGCUAACGCACAAAGUCAUAAACUAUUCAUUAUGGACGCACGGCCAAUGCCAAAUGCAAUAGCGAACAAAGCGAAAGGUGGUGGAUACGAAAGCGAAGACGCUUAUCAGAAUGCGGAAUUGGUCUUUCUCGAUAUUCACAAUAUACACGUUAUGAGAGAAAGUCUUAGGAAGUUAAAAGAAUUAUGUUUCCCCACAAUUGACGAAGCUCGAUGGCUGUCGGGUAUAGAAUCGACGAUGUGGCUUAAACAUAUCAAAUGUGUUCUUGCCGGAGCGGUGAGAAUUGUGGAUAAAGUCGAAAAUCAUAAGACUUCUGUUCUGGUUCACUGCUCGGACGGUUGGGAUCGAACAGCACAACUUACAGCUCUCGCAAUGUUAAUGUUAGAUCCAUACUAUAGAACAAUUAAAGGAUUUGAGGUUCUGAUAGAAAAAGAAUGGCUUAGCUUUGGGCAUAAAUUUCAACAGAGAAUAGGUCAUGGAGAUGAGCAUCACAGUGAUGCGGAUAGAUCGCCAGUAUUUCUACAAUUUAUCGAUUGUGUGUGGCAGAUAAUGCGGCAAUUCCCUAACGCUUUCGAAUUUAAUGAACAUUUUUUAAUUACAAUUCUUGAUCAUCUCUACUCUUGCAGAUUCGGCACGUUUUUGUUUAGCAGCGAACGCGAAAGAAUGCAAGAGCAAGUAAAGCAAAGAACAGUUUCUCUUUGGUCGUAUACCAACAAUCAAUUGCCUCUUUAUCUAAAUCCUCUCUACCGGUCUGGCACAAAUUAUCAGCUUGUUCUAAUGCCAGUCGCUAGUAUGCGAUAUAUCAAACCAUGGAAGAGUCUAUAUUGCAGAUGGAACCCCAGCAUGCGGCAGCAAGACCCGGUCUAUCAAAGAACAAGAGAGCUUCUAGUCUUGAAAGAGCAGCUUGAGAAACAGUUGGAGGAAGGUCGACGCGAACAAGCUUCCCGGGCAAACCGAUCUGUCACCUCGCCGGCACCACCCAGAAUACAUUCCCCGGUUCACAUAUAGCGUCACAGAGAACUUAGAUCAUUUGAUAACUUGUAGCUUUGUAAAUGAGUUGUAAACUUUAUUUACUCCUUUGAGCUAGUACAAGAUAUUUUGACUGAAUUCCGCUUAUGGAUGCUAUGUACUAUUUGCCUACAUGAUAAAGACAAAGAAAUCUAGAUUCAUGCGUGUGCCGAAUGAAUUUAUUGCAAUUGUACGCUUUUUUCAUACAAUAUCAAUGCGAACUGUGUCCAACUUGUCCUAAAUCUCCAUCGAAUUCGAGUGCAAACAAUCGCACAUAGUGGAGUAUAUCGUCUAAAUCAAUUUUAUUAAAAUUAUUUACGUCUUGCAUUUUAAAUUAAACACAAUAACAAUUUACACCAA